GCACCGCCCGUGCGGGAAGGCGUUUCACGCUGGUCUACGGCUUCGUCGUCGAAGACCCCCCGGUAAUGAUAUAAAGACCCUUCGGCCUCGCGCCAUGGCGCCUCUUUGUCUCCCAAGCCCGACUCUAUCCACCCACGCUGUCUGAUCCCGAUACCAUCCCCCAACUCACCAUCUGUGGACUGCAAUGCACAUCAACGACUUCCCCCAGGAGAUCCUCUCGAACAUCCUCGAAGAAGCCAGCAAGCUCAACGAGCGCGACGGUGUCACCUUCACCUUUGGUCUGUCGCAGGCCCCGACCAUCGUCGCCAAGCCGCCACUCCAGAAAUAUGUCCGCGGCCCCGUCCAGCCCGACAUCCUGAGAUGGGACGCCGCCUCGGCCAUCAGAGAGGUCUGCCGCCGCUGGCAUGAAUGGGCCCUCGAGUAUGCCAUGAAGGAUGUUUUCAUCCGGAAAUGGAAGGGUGCCGAGCGAUGGGCUGAGUUGUCCCCCAAGCGAGGCGCGUAUGGCAUUUAUGAGCUCAUUGAGAAGCCGUCCGGAGCUGCCGUCUACCGGGAUCCUUACUGUACGCUGCGAAAGACGGUCAACUUUCUCGACCAGACGCCUGGCGUCGCCGAGAAGGUCCGCCGCCUAUGGCUCAACGGCUUCCAUAUCGCCGAGACCAACUCGCAUCUCUUUUCCUUCCUCAGCUGCUGCUCUAAUCUCACCGCCGUCAGCAUCUCAUGGACGAUGGUGCGGCAUCUCAGUGCCGAGCAGUGGACCCAUAUCCUCCGUGUUGGCUCACCGAUGCCGCUCCAGUCACUGGAAUUACAGGCCACAACCCUGCGCAAGGAUCAGGCCAACGACCCCAAGAACCGAGUUGAUUUGCGGCCCUUGGAGUCCGAGCUGGUCGACUUUAGCAAACUCCGAAAGCUGAAGCUUUUCGGCACGACCACUUUCAUGCCACUGAACGAUCAGGACAUGUACGCCAUCGCACGGACCGCGACCAACUUGGAGGAGUUUCACCUCACGUGUCUGGACACUGUCGGAAUCGACGGUGUCAUGGCCAUUGUGCGCGCCUCGCACAGCACCCUGCGUGUGCUCGAGCACUCACCCCGCAGCAACGGCGGCUUCUUUCACCCGCACCCCGGUUCCCCCAGCAACAACGAGCACCUCUGCACCGUCCUCUCGAGCAUGCCCAAGCUGGAAACGCUCUCCAUUUCCGUCCCGAGCAUGUGUCCCGCUCUCUUCGCCAACCCCGAGGUGCGCUGGACCGGCGACUGUCAGGUUCGCGCCGCGCGGCUCUGCGAGCACGACUAUAGCCGGGCCGGGACGGCGCACACGGCGGACGCGAUGCGGGAUCUGCUCUCGGAGGCACGGCGGCUCAGCGAUGCUCGUGCUCGCGCUUGGGCUCCCGCCGAGCUGGCUAUCGAGCUUUUCUUCGCGGACUGCAUCUUCGAACCGCACAUUCGCGCCGUGCACGGCGACUUCCAGAUUGCCGAGAUCGAUUCGGCAGGCGAGUUCCCGCUAUGCCGUAUGCAGAGCCGUAAGGGACCGUAUGGUAGCACUGGGCUGUAUGCCAAGGAUGAGGAAGGCGUGUUUGAGCGCGUGGAUGAGGCGGAGUGGCUCGAGGGCGUGAGAAGGGGGUGGGUGAACGUUGGAGUUGCGGCGUGA